UGACUCUUACUUCCUCUAAGACACUUCAUGUGUUCCGUCAUAAACAGUUUCUUGAUGUAGGAGUCACUGUAGAGAAGUGCGCAGCAGAAGUGCAACCGCACUCAAGUCAGCGCAUGGUCUUCUCUCUGAACCAUGGACCUGUGUGAGCUGACAUCCCUUUGAAAGGGCUCUGUCCAAGGCAGUGUGGAGUCAGUCAUGGAGUAUCAGGCCUGGAUUCUGAGGGACAUCUUGAUUCACUUGGAGAGGCAGGAGGCAGCGGGUGAAGAAGACCCAAAUGGCAUUACUGGGGAGUUUGCAAAAUUGAAAAUUCAGUCAACAAAGUAUCGUGUGGACAAGACCUUUUCCGCAAAGACUGCAGAAAAGACAGAAAACUUCAAAAAGAACCGAUACAAGGAUAUUGUUCCCUUUGACCACAGCAGAGUAAAACUGAGUCUCGUCACAUCAAAGAAGGACACUGAUUACAUCAAUGCCAGUUUCAUAAAGGGGGUGUCAGAACCCAGGGCAUAUAUUGCCACUCAGGGUCCACUUCCACACACAGUGGUGGACUUCUUAAGAAUGAUCUGGGAAUUUAACAUUCAGGUUAUCGUGAUGGCCUGUCGAGAGUUUGAGAUGGGGAAGAAAAAGUGUGAGAUCUACUGGCCCCAGACACUCGGGGAAACGUUUACCUGUGAGCCGUUUUCCGUUUUCUGUGAUUCAGAAGAAAGCAAAGGAGAUUAUCUGACAAGGACAUUAAGGGUGACUUAUCUUGAUUGCAGCCGCACUUUGAAACAACUGCACUAUGUCAACUGGCCAGAUCACGGCGUGCCGGACUCGAUCCCUCCCAUUUUGGACAUGUUGUAUGAGAUGCGCUCCUUUCAGCCUCACGAUGACAUCCCUAUCUGCAUCCACUGCAGUGCUGGCUGUGGCAGAACAGGAGUGUUGUGUGUCAUUGAUUACACAUGGAACCUCCUCAGGAAGCAGAUGAUUACUCCAGAUUUCAACAUUUACACUCUUGUUCAAGACAUGAGGACGCAGCGGCCCUCCGUUGUGCAAACAAAGGAACAAUAUCUGUUGGUCUACAGAACCAUCAAGGUUUUGUUUCAGAGGUAUUUGGAUUGCAUGGAAGCGCAUCCUUCCCAAAUCAAGAUACCAGACCUGACUGACUCUGAACCUGAGCUGUCUGACCUGAGUGAUGACACUGAGUUCACACCAGAGCAGAACCAGCUGCAUGGCGAGGAGGAAGACCUUUGGAAUCAGCAUCGGCACCUUCCGACUCCUCCAGAGGUUCUAAUCACCCACCACAACUUCGACACGGAGCCCCGGACCUCCCCCACACUCGUGCUCAAGGACCAGAGGGAGCCUGCAGAGGGGAGGAUCCAGGAGAACGGGGAUGCUCCGACAGGCAGCACUCCACCUGCGAAGGCUGUGGCGGAAACCAUUUGUCUGAUGGUGGAAGACCCUUACUUUGACACUCCCCUGAGCUCCCCGUCAUCAGAGGAGGCGUCAGCCGAAGACUCCACAUGGACACUCAGCCCGAUCUUCAAAACUCCAUCGCUGCUCCUGAAUGACCAGAUGCUGAACUCAAACUCUCCUGCCUCAGUUUCAGCCAAUGAAGAAACACCUCCUCCUCUUCCCGAACGAACCCCUGAAUCCUUUGUCUUGGCUGCAAAUGAAGAGCAUCAGGAUCUGUGUGAAAGGUUGUCCGUUGUCUUUCCUCCCAAUUUUGCAGCAGAAGCUGUUAAAGAGUUAGCAGGGAGCCCCCCUUCACCGGUCCCACCGCUUCCAGAAAGAACCCCAGAGUCAUUUGAGUUAGCCACCGAUCCAGCUCCGUGCGAGCAGCAGCCGGAGGUCACCCCGGCACUGACACUGGAUCCAGGAGGAGGCUCACCGGAUCAGAUCUGGUCUGAGCCUGCAGGCACCGUCCACAUCAGGGACACAAGUUGUGUGAAGAAAAAGAGUUGGAGAGCAGAAGUGGCCAUCUCUGCACCUAUGAUCAAGUUUGAUCGUCCACUGGACACGACCUCCAACCCCAACAAUUCCUGUGUGAUCACAAACCCCCUCCCUGCUCCAUCUCUUCCUCAGACUGCAGUCGAAAGAAGCGUCCAAGUGUGUCCGCCUCCCUCACAGGCGACGCCGAGGGUCGGCCUGUCCUCGGAGUGGGCCGGCAGCUCUGAGCCCAAAGGUUUCCUCCACUCUUUCAUCAGGAGUAAGAGUGUUCGGGCUAAAAGUUCAAGACAAGAGCCCCUCGCAGUGUUUCGGCCUAUUGCCCCACUUCCUGUGGUGGCCAUUGGAGGAGGAAGCGCUCAAGCCGAACAUGACGUGAACCUCAGGCCGACUUCCAUCGUGAAUUCAGGAACCAAUUCAGACAAAAGCAGUGAAAAAGGCAUAACUAGAACAAAGAGCCUUAAAUGUCUUAAAAAUAAACUAAGACCCAAAGUCUCCCCACCUCCGCCUCCCACCCAACCUUCAGCCCCUCCUCAGUCACUCAACGCCUCCUUGGCAGGGUUCAAGUUUGGAUUUGGGAGCCGCUUCAGGAAGCCAAAGGGCCCAAGAGCGUAUCCAGAGACCUGGGUGUGAGGCGCACAUAGAGGGGCUGAUGGACCCACGCGGGAGAGCGCAGCAGCACCCCCUGCAGGAAGAACACAGGAAGUGUCUCAUAGCUUUUCCCAAAUAAGCAAACGAGCUUUCGACGCGUUUUGUAGUUUUUAUAGAGCAAAGGACCCCAUUUAUGUAUGCAGGUGUGUCUGUGUGCAGCGAAGGAAGCAGACUGUUUGCAAAACUUUAGUUUCUUCUCAAAAGAUGGAGAAGACUGACGGAGGUCAUGGGUGCACAUGUGAUCCAGCUGCACAGCCAGACAAGUUAUUUAUUAAAAUCUUUUUGAAGUGUU